AUGCUCUGGCUUUCAAGCGAUCCAAGAAGCACUUGGAACAACUUUGGAACGCAAUUCGGAACCGCGCGGUGCAAGAUCACUUCGCAUGACAGGAGGUGCAGCGUGGAAAUUCAUCGUGGAAAGAGUCGCCUGGUGGAGUGGGUAUACGAGCGUCUGAUGGGAUCCAGGAAGCUGGCGUUGAAGAAAACUAUCGGGGCCAAGUUUUUGUCCGCACACGAGCUGACAAUGUACCUGUGCGAAACUGAGGCAGUCUUGAACUCAAGGCCUCUAACCCACCUCUAUGACGAACCUCAAGAGCCAGUGCCACUUCGUAGCGCUUCCUUUCUCGCAGGAAGAAGACUGACAACGCUACCGAACUUAACGGGUCCGGAAGUAACUAACAUAGCACACAAUCAGCAGCGCAAAUCGUGGUCGGAUCGCCAGAUGGUUUUGGCAACAUUCUGGAAAAGAUGGUCCAAAGGUUAUCUUGCUGAGCUGAAAACAAGGCCGUCAACGAGAGGACGGAAAGCAACGAUUGAGGAAGGAGAACUCGUUUUGCUGCAAGAGACUAUGCUACCUCGGCAGCAGUGGAAGAUGGCAAGAGUCGAACAGUGUUUCGUCGGAAGAGAUGGGAAAGUCAGAUCGUGCAUGCUGAAGCUUCCGAGCGGCAUCACUUUGAAGAGACGAAUUCAACUACUGUACCCUCUGGAGUUAGGAGAAUGA